UCUCGUGGAGGCAGCUAGCGCCAGGCUGGGGAGCGCUGAGCCGCGCGUCAUGCCCUGCGCUGCCCAGACUAGCGAACAAUAGAGUCAGGAUGGCUAAAGGUGACCCCAAGAAACCAAAGGGCAAAGUGUCCACUUAUGCCUUCUUUGUGCAGACGUGCAGAGAAGAACAUAAGAAGAAAAACCCAGAGGUCCCUGUCAAUUUUGCGGAAUUUUCCAAGAAGUGCUCUGAGAGGUGGAAGACGAGGUCCGGGAAAGAGAAAUCUAAAUUUGAUGAAAUGGCAAAGGCAGAUAAAGUGUGCUAUGGUCGGGAAAUGAAGGAUUAUGGACCAGCUAAGGGAGGCAAGAAGAAGAAGGAUCCUAAUGCUCCCAAAAGGCCACCGUCUGGAUUCUUCCUGUUCUGUUCAGAAUUCCGCCCCAAGAUCAAAUCCACAAACCCCGGCAUCUCUAUUGGAGACGUGGCAAAAAAGCUGGAUGAGAUGUGGAAUAAUUUAAAUGACAGUGAAAAGCAGCCUUACAUCACUAAGGCGGCAAAGCUGAAGGAGAAGUAUGAGAAGGAUGUUGCUGACUAUAAGUCGAAAGGAAAGUUUGAUGGUGCAAAGGGUCCUGCUAAAGUUGCCCGGAAAAAAGUGGAAGAGGAAGAUGAAGAAGAGGAGGAGGAGGAGGAGGAUGAAUAAAGAAACUGUUUAUCUGUCUCCUUGUGAAUACUUAGAGUAGGGGAGCGCCAUAAUUGACACAUCUCUUAUUUGAGAAGUGUCUGUUGCCCUCACUAGGUUUAAUUACAAAAUUUGAUCACGAUCAUAUUGUAGUCUCUCAAAGUGCUCUAGAAAUUGUCAGUGGUUUACAUGAAGUGGCCAUGGGUGUCUGGAGCACCCUGAAACUGUAUCAAAGUUGUAUAUAUUUCCAAACAUUUUUAAAAUGAAAAGGCACUCUUCGUGUUCUCCUCA